AUGGCAAGUCCAGCUAACCAAGCACGAGCUCAAUGGUAUUGGAAAUCGAAUUCUGAUCCAUGGUCAGCAAAUGCAAAAGAAGAAUGGACAAAAUAUUCUGAUAUCGAAUCAGCGAUUAUCGAAGAAGUAUUUAAUGGAAAAAAUAAAACAAAACUAGCUGAACUAGAUAAUUAUUCGAUUAAUUUACACGAUUACAUUCAAAUCAGUAAAUCGGAUCCAAAUAAACAACGGCAAAUAAAGCGAGUUCUAAUUAGUAGAUAUGAAAAUCAAGAAGCUGCCUUAAAAAAACCACCAAACAUACAGCGGAACUCUAUCGAGGAGCAACCAUCGAUCAAAACAUGCUUAAGUCGUAUGAGGAAGCGACUGGCCAGAGCAGAUGCUGGGACGGCUUUACCUCAACCAGCAGAAACCCUCAAAAAGCGCAAAAGUUCGGCAACACCUUGUUUAUUAUCGACGCCACCAAAAAUGGUGGCUUGGACCUUUCGCCACAUUCCCAAUACGAUGAAGAAGAAGUCCUACUUCCCCCAGGAACACUAUUUACGGUCACCGACGUCAAGAAAACCAAAACCAAAACAUGUAUCUAUUUGA